AUGUCAUCUCAGAUAUUGACUGAUGAAGAUGAAGCAAAACUAAAAAAUGCUGCUGUGAUAUCUACGGGACCUCAAGUCAGUGACCUUAACUUGAGGCGCAUCAGGGAAAUUUGUGACCAGAUUCUUGCUCUUACUGAGUGCAGAGCUCAGCUUCAUGGCAUCUUGAAGAGCAGAAUGAACACAAUUGCACCAAACCUAACUGCACUUGUCGGGGAGAUGGUUGGUGCACGCCUAAUUUCUCAUCGUGGUAGUUUAUUGAACCUCUCAAAGCUACCUGCGUGCAAGAUUCAGAUACUUGGAUCUGAAAAGGCCCUAUUAAGAGCCUUCAAGUACGGACACAACACUCCAAAGUAUGGUCUCAUUUACCACGCACCUCUGGUUGCCCAAGCUGCACCAGAGCACAAGGCUAAAAUCUCUCGGUCACUAGCUGCAAAAGUUGCUCUUGCUAUCCGUUGUGAUGCUCAUGGUGAUGGCCGACAAGGCAACUCUAUGGGAGUGCAAAGCCUCUUAAAGCUUGAAGAACGGUUGAGAGAUCUCCGAAGAAGAGGUUCAGGACAUGUGUCUGAUGAUGAGGAAGAAGCCAAAACUGAGGAGCCUUCGAAGGAGAAUGGGAAGACAGAAGCAGAAUGCCAAGAGCCGGCAAAGAAGACAAAGAAGAUGAUAAUAAUCCUGCUUUUCUUAAUUGCUCUUUUCUAUUUCGUUUUAUGGUUUCUGUAA